GGGUUAUGGUGCUGCACUAUGGAGGAGAUUGCGAAGCGUUUCUACCUCUUUGUGGGGUUAUGGUGCUCAGCCACACAGACGUCAUUAUGGUCUGUACAAUCAGGGCGCCACAUGUUACCUCAACAGUGUCCUGCAACUUCUCGCCAUGACAACAGAGAUCCAUGACAGGUUGGAUCAUGAUUCACAAACAGAUCGGCAGCUGAAACAAAUCUUUGAAGAACUGAAGAGAGACACAUGUGCAACACAAACUAUCACAGCAGCAUUUGGGAUUACAAAUGUUCAUGAACAACGUGAUGCCCCUGAAUGCCUGGAGAUGAUUUUAAAUAAGAUCAGCCGACGAGCCUCUGAGGUUUUCCAAGGAGAGCUGACACACACAACUGAGUGCUCCAAAGGCCACAGCAUCAAUGAAGAGACAAAUCCAUUCUGGACUCUUCCACUGUCGCUGCAGGAUACCCACGAUACAACCUACAGCGUGGAAAUAAGCUUUGAAAGGAUUUUCCAGCAGAAAUCAUUCAGUGGAGACAACAUGGUGUACUGCAACGAAUGUGAAGAGAAAACAGAAGCAACUAGUGGAUGUGAGAUGGUGACAUAUCCUCAGAUUCUGACUCUGCUCCUCAAGAGAUUUGGCUUUGACUACAGCACCAUGUCAUAUUUCAAAUCACACCGCUGUGUGGACGUGCCACGAACGUUACAGAGAAAGGACAAGGAGUACAAACUGUAUGGGAUGGUGCAUCACAUAGGCAGUCUGAGAGGAGGACAUUACACAGCCACCAUCCUGUGGAGUGAGGACAAAACCUGGUAUGAGUUUAAUGACGAUCACGUCAGCAAGGUUAGACGACAGCCAUUUGCAGAAGCCUCAACUUACAAGUCCAAGACUGCAUAUCUGCUCAUGUACAGAGGAGCUGAAUGAUUUGGAGCAACACAAUGUGGAGUUUAAAUGAAGUGGAGGAGAACUGAUAACUGAACACUGAUAAUGCAAAGAAGAGGAAAAUGGGACAGACUGAAGGGGAUGAUGUGCAGAUGAAAAGGCAUGAGGCAUCAGGCCAUCAGGCUGGAGGAGAGGAGGGUAAUGCAGAAAGAGUUUUCUCAGAGAAUACAGAUAUGUUUUGAAUGUGCAGAAAGUUUCUAACAUGAGCAGGAAUCAUGCUGAAAGAUGUAGACCUAUGAGCUAUUUAAAGGUGCUGCAUGCACAUUUCAGUAUUUUCAUAUUCACAUUCAGGAUCUGACCAAACGUCUCUCCUUCUGUUCCUGAGAUAUGACAUUGAGUAAUAUACUGUAAGUCCUUUUGCAGAACAUUGUGAUGUCACAGUGAAGCUGACCUUUGACCUUUUGGAUAUAAACUGUCAUCACUUUUUUGUUUCAUUCUUUCAGACAUCUGUGUGAAAUUUUGUCGUAGUUAGCGAAUGAAUUCUUGAGUUAUGACCAAAAACAUUUUUCAUGAGGUCACAAUGACCUUUGGCCUCCAAAAUCCAAUCAGUUGUCACUUAUGUCGUGUGGAUGUUUUUGCUAAUUUUAAAGAAAUUCCCUGAAAGUGGACAGAUGGACAACCUGAAAAAUUAAAAUUAAUGCCUAAGGUUACUGCUGUUGAUGGUGCGGAGGCAUAAAAAAUAUCAUAUAUAUCCAAUCUUGUGUACAUACAUGUUGUAGCCAGCAGUGAGGUUGUGGUGACUUUUAAAGACACAUCAGCUCUGAUUUGAUGAAUUUAAAACAUGAACCAACUUUUUAGAAUUUUAAACAUGAAUCAUACUUUGAUAAAAAUGUUUAACAUACUGCUAUGUUAUCAAUCAACCACAUAUAACCAGCGAAAUGUUGCAGCACUGAUUUUAAAGAAAAACUGGAUUUCCAAAUACUUUGAAAUUGUGAAUAAAGACAAUAAAAAUUUAAAAACGCA